AUGGCGCAAGACAGUGAGGUCGCGGCACCGACAAGGAGAAGGUUCAAACGGACCGUUCCGCGAAAGCCAUUAGCUGAGGCGGAGUCAACCCUGGGAGAUAAUGGCGACGACCUGGAUUUCUUUCGGCGGUCGAAAGAUGUGUUUACUGAAGCCGAACCUGAGCCUGAACAAGACGACGUAGAGAACCAACAUACCCCUAAUGGGCGCAAGCGCAGGAAAUUAUCGUCGACCCCGCCGGCGAAACCGUCGCGGAGUCGCGAGCCAUCGACGGUUGCCGAUAACUCGGACGACGAUGAUCUAAUCAUGGAUGUGAAGGGGAAAGGGAAAGAGGUCAUCCCCGCUAGGAAACUCUCAACGCCAAAGAUGCCUUCUUCCUCUGCGCACCCACCCAGCACGCCCGGCUCGAGUGGCGGAACCCCAAGAAGACCAGGACUGCGAAGCAGCGGUCUAAUCCCCCCAACAGCCGCCAUCACCGUGAUCGACUCCGACGACUCUGACUCCGACAACGGGCUAUCAACCACCACCAAAAAGCCCCCGCCCAGCUCGUCCGCCCCCAUCCCAAUCCUUUCCGACCUCGAGGACAACAACACCGACAACGAAACAACCGCCACCACGCGCGUCCCCGAGGCUGUCGCCCCCGACGAAUUCUCCGAAUGGGUCACCAAAGCCCGCGCACUCCAACAAUCCCCCUCCCAAGAAGCCAUCGUCAAAGUGAUCAUCACAACGCGCAUCCCCGGUCUCGAGAACCACCCCCUGGUGAUCCGGCGCCGUCUCAACCAGGGCGUGCGCCUCCUCGUGGACGUCUGGCUCUCCAAAGCCCAGAGCAUUACCGACAUGCCGGCUGGUGCGGCCGCGGGAGGAAACAACUUUUUCUUGACGUGGAAGGGGAAUAAAGUGUAUCGGAACAGCACGCUGGCGUCUCUGGGCGCGUCGGUGGAUGCGAAGGGGGAUAUUGUGGCGCCGCCGGGGGAGGAGGGGUAUUUGAGUGAGGGGAUUCAUUUGGAGGUGUGGACGGAGGAUGCGUAUGAGGAGUUUUUGAAGGGUCGUGGACAGGCGAGGGCGCUGAAGUUGGGGGUGAUUGGUGGUGAUGGGGUCGGUGGUGGGAAUGAGGAACAGGGUGGAGGGGUGGCAGGGAAUGGGGAGGAAGAGGAGGAGCUGGAGGCGGUAGCGACGCAGAAGAAGAAGGGCAUCCGGAUGUUGCUCAAGGCCAAGGAGCAUGAGCCGGUCAAGCUUACGGCGAGGGACGAGACGAGCGUAGCCAUACUUGCUGAGGCGUUCCGCACGCAGCGGGACAUUGGGGCUGAGUGGGAGGUCACGGUCUGGUUUGAUGGGGAGAAGUUGGAGGAGGAUACGGUGGUUGGUGAUCUUGAUGUUGAUCCGGACGAGGCGAACCAGCUGGAGGUUCAUGUCAAAAGGCGAUGA